UUCCCAUCAGGAGGUUGCGAUCUGGGUGACGGGGCGCUCCCAUGUCAGCGGGGCCGGACUGAGGGCAGGGUCGCGCUCGCUUUCCGGAGGUGUAUGGCCCCAUCCUUCCGCGGGAUGAAUUCUCCGCCGGGACCUCUGACCCAGGAUACGGACGAGCGGGAGAAAAGCUGGGAAACGCCAGAGAAGGGGCGAGACUGUGGCGACGGGGUUCCUGGCGACUCGAAAGGAUGUACAAUGGCCAGCCUCUCGUUCAGCGUCGAGUCCCUGAUAUCGGAUCGGAGGUUCCCCAGGACUCAAGUCGUUCUCCCCGAGGUGCCCGUCCCGCCUGUCGGCCUCAAGGAGCAGCCGUGCUCCCGGACUGAGUAUCCUGGUAGGAGCUGCUCGGCGGAGGAACUCCAAAACUUGUCGGAGAAUUCCUGCUCUCUCGACUCGGAAAGUACGAACGAGAAGGACGUGUCGGCGUGGGUUCCGAACGCCGGCUACUCUCCUCCGGCAAGAGAGCCUAGCCCGGCCCCGUGCGCCCUGCGAAAACACAAAAACAACAGAAAGCCGCGGACCCCGUUCACCACCUCUCAGCUGUUAGCGCUGGAACGCAAGUUCCGUCAAAAACAGUACUUGUCCAUCGCCGAGAGGGCCGAGUUCUCCAGCUCCCUCAACCUGACCGAGACCCAGGUGAAAAUCUGGUUCCAGAACCGCAGGGCGAAAGCGAAGCGGCUUCAAGAGGCCGAGUUGGAGAAACUGAAACUAUCGGCCAAACCGCUUCUCCCCUCUUUCGGGAUCCCAUUCCCGCUGGGCCCCCACCUCACGGCCCCUUCGCUGUACGGACCGUCGAACGCCUUCCAGCGCCCGGGACUGCCCAUCCCCGGCAUCUUCAGCGCCCCGGUCACGUACGGAAUGUAUUACUUAUCGUGAAGUCUGUCGGACACGGACGCGGGACUCCGGGGACCCUCCCCACUCACCGGCCCCUCCAUCUCGUGGAGGCCCCGCUUGGACCGAUCAAACAGCCCGGACUGUUCCGGCGCUAGUUAGUCAACUCUCUUCGCUACAGUUACAUCCGAUUCAAUUCGUGUUAAUUCGUAUUAGAGACGAGAGUUGUUCUAAAGUCUGCCGUUACAUUCAUUAAAUAAAUUUUCCACGGACGGAAAAGCCUCCGAAUGCAGCUGCAGUCUGCCCUGGUAACGGUGGAGAUGAGUCCGGUGCUCGGUGCAGCGGAGAAUUUCCAUCUCCCGGCCUCCCGGGUGGUCGCCGUGCACCGAAUCCCGAGUGCCGGGCGCUUGGAAUUUUGGAGGAGCGGACUUGGUUCAGCCAUACACCCGCGCUGUGACUGGGCCGGGCAGGGGAGACGGCCGAACCUUUCCCCACGUUUGCUUUCGAACUAAACAUGUUGCUUGUCCGAACGAGGCGGACGGAGAAUUAAACCCAGGCGCCAACCACUUGUAAAUGACUGGACCCUCUGGCACUUGUUUACUGAUAUUUAAAUAUAUAUUUUAAUUUCAUUUAAAUACGUUCAAAUUGUUUACAUUUUCUUAGUGUACAGAUUUCUGUGUACAGG